AUGUCAAGCUCCUCAGGUUCUUCAGCGGACUCGAGCAGGCCGCAAGAGGGCCAGCGGCAAGGUCAAGAGGGUGCGGGCCUCCCACGGCAACAUCAUGGGGACGAGUACCUUGUGCGCAGCAAUCCUCUGCUCGUGCCCUCGAUUAUGCCCCAGCUGAGCACAAUGGAUCGCCUGUAUGCCGAGAUGAUGGAUGACAUGAGCCGUAUCCACCAUGAAAUGAAUCGAUUCUACCACCAACACUUUAACUCGGUCGCUCCCUUUAUGCAAGGUGCCCAGCCGCAGGCCUGUGAGGGCCGUCCAUGGUGGCGGCCGUCAUCCUGGUUCCAGCGAAAUGCUUCGCAUGCCCCCAUGGCACUCGAAAGAGGUUCGCACCCGGAAGUAAACGACUUGAGGGGAGGUCAGAUGGUCCCAGCGUCUGGUGGGCAAGAACCCGCCAGUGCAGCACCCUGGGAUGUGAUGCCUUUUGGCUGGGGCAGCCGUGGCGGUCUCAGUACCGGAUCUAUGCCGAGAGUCGAUAUGAGGGACACAGGUGCGGAGUUUGUGGUUCAGGCCGAUGUCCCAGGAAUGGAUCGCGAGAACCUGCGAGUCGACGUCCAUGACGGCGUGCUGAGGAUCAGCGGCGCCCAGAGGGAGGAAAAAAAGCAACAAGAGGAGGGAUUCUAUCUGCAAGAGCGUAGCCAGUCUUCCUUCUCUCGUUCGUUCAUUCUCCCCGAAAAGGUCAAGGAAGACGAAAUCAAGGCGUCUCUUACAAAUGGUGUUCUCCAGGUCCAUGUCCCUAAGGAGACUCCGACAGAGCCACCGGCAAUCCGAAACAUUACCAUCGAAUAG